AUGCCCAAAUUUCACAUCGACGAGGUGUUUCCUAAAGGCGAUUUAUAUCCAUUAAUAGUGAACUUUCAAAAUGGAUAUACCACAGCCGAGUUUCAAACAAAAGAAUGUCUGUUGCUAAAAAAUGAAAAUACUGGGAAAACUUGCAUAGCUACGGAGUUAAAUGACCUUGUAUAUGCUGGAGAAGAGGAUAACGAACCUUUAGGUAAAACAUUAAUAUUAACAAAAAACCGAAAAACCGGUAAAGUCCGUUUAAUUGAAAUAAUGUCAGCAGAAUUGAAACCGAUUUUAAAAAUUGACAAUUAUGCUUCACAACUUUUAGAGACAAGCAAUUUAGAGCUGAGCCGCAAGUUUGGUUCUAAAAAACACAAACAGCAAAUGGAACAAAAGGAAAAAUUGAAAGUCAACAUUCAAACUGUUACCGAACAAAUGCAGAAUGUAACUGACACCAUUACGGAGGAGAAACUUGACCUAUCGUCGUAUAACAAGAACGAUUCAGACGAUUUUUAUAUACCACCGAUUAACCGAUUAGCUGACAGACCGGAAGAUGUAUAUGAUAUUGAUAAAAUUUUAACAGAGGACCAGUUGGAAAAGAUAUGGUCAGAAUUAGAGGAUAAAGAUUACGAAGCAAACAUGUUUCCGUUUAUAAAACAUAUAAUGUCUUCGAGAAAACUUUCUGAGAAACAUACUGUACUAGCUGUAUAUGCAGAUUCGCUUUUAAAGUUGUAUUUAACAAAUAUACGAGAGAUUUCGAAAAAAAGUUACGUGAUCUGUCCGCACUCCGUGAAGUUGAAUGAGAUAAUUUUAUCUUCAUUCACAACUACGACCAACAAUAGACGGUGUAGACCAACACAGUAUAAAGACAAGGCAUUAUGUCAUGCCUUGGUAUUUAUAUUACUUAUAAAUAAAUUAAAAUUUGAGCUAGAAGGAUUAUGUAACGAUGUUAAACUAACUGUGAAUAAUGCGUCAAUGAAAAUUAGGGUGACCGGAGCUCACGUUGUUAAUAGUGGUAGUAAAAAAAUUAUACAGUUAAAGUUACCGUUGAAUACAAAAAAUGCUUUCAGAAGGAAAAGCGCUAGGUUUUAG